AUGUUCCCCAUCAACAUCAACUUUGUCCCUGGUCGUGUUUGGCAUGCAUUCAUAUUGCUGCUCUUCUCGUGCUUAUACUGCGCAUUCAUCUUGGCGGUCUUGGUGGUGGCCCUGUCGCUUCAGUAUCACGUUAACACACCUAUCAAUACAACCACCAGCCACCCUACAGCCACGCUCCGCCGCGGCAAGCGAAACAGCGUAGAACGCUCGCUCGAACUUUCUCCAUUUCAUCCGAAUGCACCAGCGCAGCUUGAAUAUAUCUCUCCCAUCGAGCUGCUAACACAGUCCCUGGCUAAAGCGUUCAAUAAACUGACAGCUUUCUGCCAAACCUUGUUCGGAAUAGUCCCAAUAGCGGAGAUCCUCCGACGUUUAGCGCAUAUGGCCAGUGUACGUGGGCCCUUGAACACUCGUCUGAAUCGGGGGAUCGCCCAGAUAUCGACCCUUCGCGAUCAAGUUGCUGCCAACAGGGUCGUCGUUUUCCGAUACCUCCACUCAACCCUCCUCCUAUCUCUCUUUUUCGUUGCUAUUGUCGCAACUAUAGGACUCUCGUUGGAGUUUAUCCUCUUGCUAUGCUCUGGUGGACUAGUGCUUGUUGCCGCAAGUGACGCAGGAGCGGGCGAAGAGGACGGGUCGAAUCUUGUCCCUAGAAGGACCAGGGGCGGGAUAUUCGCAGCGCUGUUUGGACAGGUUGGAGACCCAUGA